AAAUGUCAAUUUCAAAAAGUUGCAUACUAUGACUUUUUUUUUUUUUUUUGGCCACAUUACAUGGCAUGCAGUAGCCCAGUUCCCUGACCAGGAAUCGAACCCGUGCCCCCUGCAGUGGAUGCACGGAGUCCUAACCACUGGACUGCCAGUGAAUUCUCUGACUUCAUUUUUGUAACAGUCUUGAAAUGACAGAGUUACAGAGAUGGAUAAUAGAUUAGUGGGUGUGAUUAUGAAGGGGUGGCCCAAAGGAGAUCUCUGGUCAUGGAAUAGUUUUGUUCAUGAUUGCAGGGUGGUUAUAUGAGUCAACACAUGUGAUGAAAUCACGGAGAAUUAUACACACACUACCACUGUCAGUUUCAUGGUUUUGACAGUGUACUGUAAUAAUGUACCGUGUGACCAUUGGGGUAAACUGAAGGGUACAGGGAACCCUUCUGUACUACCUUUGAAUCUAUAAUCGUUUCAAAAUUAAAAAGUUACUUUUAAAAUGGACAUAUCUGGCAACACUGGCCCAGUCAUACAUUGCAGUAAUUGUUUGCUGCUAUGCUAAGUAUCCUCCUUUAGAUGGUACAUGUGCUCAAAGGCCUGCUGUUCAUUCAUUCACUUUACUUAGUUCCAGUAGACCCCUUUAUUAUGUUCAUGGCACCAUCCAGAGGUAACUGCUUUAAUACUGUUCGUUCCUGUCUCUUAAAGACAUGGAUGUUGAAAAACACAGUAGCCUUGAAAUGAAAAUAUAUGUAUGUACUGUUUAUGGUUUCAGUUACCCAUGGCAUUUGAUGAUGUGGCUUUAUGCUUUGGAGCAAGAGUGGGAAAUCCUGGAGAAGUGGCAGAAGGAAAUGUAUCAGCAAGAAAUGAAGACCAAUGAUGAGACGCUUGAUUCCCUGGGCUGUAUUUCAAAGCCAGAUUUGAUCACCUGGAUGGAACAGGAAGCAUGCUGUUAAUCAGAGACCAAGGACACUUAGAGAAAACACAAAUGACACUUAGCCUUUCUGGUGACCAGGGAACUCUCCGGACAAAAGAGGAGGAAUGCCAUUUAAAUGGUCUCCAAGAGCGAGGCUUCUGUGCUCCCUUAUCCAAGGAGGAAAGAAAGAUUUUAUCAGAUCAAAGAGCCGCCUUACAACACCCAACUCUCCAAGAAACAGAGAUUCUAAAUAAAAGCCUCGACAUCACAGCAUCUAAUCAGGACAAGAAUGAUCCAUGGCAUAAGCCAAUGGGAACCCCAGAAAACCUGGAAAUUCCACCAGGUCUGAGACUUUAUUCCUGCUUUGUCUGUAGGAAAGUCUUCCAGAUAAAGAGAGACUUUGUGAAGCACAAAAGGAACUACCGCGAGAGCCAGUCCUGCCAAUACCCGAAGCACAAAAACAAGUCCGGGAAGAAGGCGGAGCUCAGGUGGCUCCGGCCGGUCCUGUGUAAGCAGCAGCCUUUACGGCGCAGCGCGUGCGAGCUGAGCAGCUGUCUCAGGUGCAGCCUGGCCCCGCACCAGGUGGUUCGCCCGGGCCCGUGGCCGUGCCCCAAGUGUGGCAAGGCCUUCUGGUCCAAAGCCGCCAUGAACAAGCAUGUGUGUUCGCCCAGAGGGGAGAGGCCAUUUUCCUGCCGCGAUUGUGGCCGGGGGGAAUCACCCAGCAGGGACGAGCCGGCCGAGCACCUGCGGGUGCACAGCGGGAGAAUACCCUUCCAGGGUCCGCAGGGCGGCAGAGGCCCCUUGGGGGAGGCGGCCGCGAAGGCCCACCAGUGGGCACACGGCGGGAGCAAACUCACCGAACACGUCCGAGUUCACACGGGGGAGAAGCCCUUCCGGUGUCCCGAGUGCCAGAGAAGCUUCUGCCUCAAGAGCAGCCUGCGGGCCCAUCUCUGUCGGCACAGCGGGAGGAAGCCCUUCCGGUGCCCCGAGUGCAGCCGGAGCUUCUCCGGGAAGGCCUCCUUGAAGGGAGGGAACCUGAAGAGCCACCUGCUCCAGCACAGCGGCCGGAAGCCCUUCCCCUGUGCGACGUGUGGCCGAAGCUUCGCUCAGCGGUACAGGCUCACGGACCACGUGCACGUCCACAGCGGCGAGAAGCCCUUACGGUUCCCUGAGUGCGGCAAGAGCUACUGCCUCCGGGGAAGCUGGAAGGCGCACCUGCACGCGCACAGCGGCGAGAAGCCCUUCGGGUGUCCCGAGUGCGGCAAGAGCUUCCUCCAGAAGAGAAGGGGCGCUGUGGGGCAGAGCGGCCGCGAGUCCCAGCGUGCACCGCGCCUGGGCCUGCAGGUCGGCGGGGAGCGGCGGGGUGGGAGGCCGCCGCCGCCGCCGCCGCCGCCGCAGGGAAGGUGCGGCGGGCAGCCGGGACGCCUGGCUUGGCCGUAA